UAGGGCUGGGAGCGCCGAGCCGCGCUCCGCUGCGGGGGAGGCCAUGGCGGAACCUUCCCAGGCCUCGACCCCGGCCCCGGCCACGCAGCCCCGUCCCCUUCAGUCUCCAGCCCCUGCCCCAACUCCGACUCCUGCCCCCAGCCCGGCUUCAGCCCCGACUCCGGCUCCCACUCCGGCACCAGCCCCCACCCCAGCUGCAGCGCCAGCCGGCAGCACAGGGACUGGGGGUCCCGGGGUAGGAAGUGGGGGGACCGGGAGCGGAGGGGAUCCGGCUCGACCUGGUCUGAGCCAGCAGCAGCGCGCCAGCCAGAGGAAGGCGCAAGUCCGGGGGCUGCCGCGCGCCAAGAAGCUUGAGAAGCUAGGGGUCUUCUCGGCUUGCAAGGCCAAUGAAACCUGCAAGUGUAAUGGCUGGAAAAACCCCAAGCCCCCCACUGCACCCCGCAUGGACCUGCAGCAGCCAGCUGCCAACCUGAGCGAGCUGUGCCGCAGCUGUGAGCACCCCUUGGCUGACCACGUGUCCCACCUGGAGAAUGUGUCAGAGGAUGAGAUUAACCGGCUGCUGGGUAUGGUGGUGGACGUGGAGAAUCUGUUUAUGUCUGUUCACAAAGAGGAGGACACAGACACUAAGCAGGUCUAUUUCUACCUCUUCAAGCUCCUGCGGAAAUGCAUCCUGCAGAUGACCCGGCCUGUGGUGGAGGGCUCCCUGGGCAGUCCCCCAUUUGAGAAGCCUAAUAUUGAGCAGGGUGUGCUGAACUUUGUGCAGUACAAGUUUAGUCACUUGGCUCCUCGGGAGCGGCAGACGAUGUUUGAGCUCUCCAAGAUGUUCCUGCUCUGCCUUAACUACUGGAAACUUGAGACACCUGCCCAGUUUCGGCAGCGGUCUCAGGCCGAGGAUGUGGCUACCUACAAGGUCAAUUAUACCAGAUGGCUUUGCUACUGCCACGUGCCCCAGAGCUGUGACAGCCUCCCCCGCUAUGAGACCACUCACAUCUUUGGGCGAAGCCUCCUCCGCUCCAUCUUCACGGUGACCCGGCGGCAGUUGCUGGAGAAAUUCCGGGUGGAGAAGGACAAGCUGGUGCCUGAGAAGAGGACCCUCAUCCUCACCCACUUCCCAAAAUUCCUGUCCAUGCUGGAGGAGGAGAUCUAUGGGGCAAACUCUCCGAUCUGGGAGUCCAGCUUCACCAUGCCGCCCUCAGAGGGGACCCAGCUGGUGCCCAGGCCGGCUACGGUUAGCGCGGCAGUCGUUCCCAAUGCUCCCAUCUUCAGCCCCACCAUGGGUGGGGGCAGCAACAGCUCCUUGAGCCUGGAUUCUGGAGGGGCCGAGCCCAUGCCAGGUGAGAAGAGGAAGCUCCCAGAGAACCUGACCCUGGAGGAUGCCAAGCGGCUUCGCGUAAUGGGCGACAUCCCUAUGGAGCUGGUCAACGAGGUCAUGCUCACCAUCACUGACCCUGCCGCCAUGCUGGGGCCUGAGACGAGCCUGCUGUCAGCCAAUGCAGCCCGGGACGAGACUGCCCGCCUGGAGGAACGCCGCGGCAUCAUCGAGUUCCACGUCAUCGGCAACUCUCUGACGCCCAAGGCCAACCGGCGCGUGUUGCUCUGGCUUGUGGGGCUGCAGAACGUGUUCUCCCACCAGCUGCCGCGCAUGCCCAAGGAGUACAUCGCCCGCCUCGUCUUUGACCCGAAGCACAAGACUCUGGCCUUGAUCAAGGAUGGGCGGGUCAUCGGUGGGAUCUGCUUCCGCAUGUUUCCCACUCAGGGCUUCACAGAGAUUGUCUUCUGCGCCGUCACCUCAAAUGAGCAGGUCAAGGGCUAUGGGACUCACCUGAUGAACCACCUGAAGGAGUAUCAUAUCAAACACAACAUUCUUUACUUCCUCACCUACGCAGAUGAGUAUGCCAUUGGCUACUUCAAAAAGCAGGGCUUCUCCAAGGACAUCAAAGUGCCCAAGAGCCGCUACCUGGGCUACAUUAAGGACUAUGAGGGUGCAACGCUGAUGGAGUGUGAGCUGAAUCCCCGGAUCCCCUACACGGAGCUGUCCCACAUCAUCAAAAAGCAGAAGGAGGUGUGUAUCAUCAAGAAGCUGAUUGAGCGCAAGCAGGCCCAGAUCCGAAAGGUCUACCCUGGGCUCAGCUGCUUCAAGGAGGGUGUGAGGCAGAUCCCUGUGGAGAGUGUCCCCGGCAUUCGAGAGACGGGCUGGAAGCCACUGGGGAAGGAGAAGGGGAAGGAGCUGAAGGAUCCAGACCAGCUCUACACAACCCUCAAGAACUUGCUGGCCCAGAUCAAGUCGCACCCCAGCGCCUGGCCCUUCAUGGAGCCUGUGAAGAAGUCCGAGGCCCCUGACUACUACGAGGUCAUCCGCUUCCCUAUCGACCUGAAGACCAUGACGGAGCGACUGCGCAGCCGCUACUACGUCACCCGCAAGCUCUUCGUGGCCGACCUGCAGCGCGUCAUCGCCAACUGCCGCGAGUACAACCCUCCAGACAGCGAGUACUGCCGCUGCGCCAGCGCCCUGGAGAAGUUCUUCUACUUCAAGCUCAAGGAGGGGGGGCUCAUCGACAAGUAGCGCCUGGCUUUGGGCCGCAGCCCCGACCUGGACUGUCUCCACCUCGGGUCCUGAUGCGAUUGCGAGGGGCGGCCCUGGCGCCCACGUGCCUCUCAGCUUGAGACACUCCAGCCCCCGGGCCCUGCAGCCCUUUCUGGAUCCGCGGGCGCCCCCACGCCUGCAGACUGAGCUUUCAUUGUAUCUGGCCUUGGGGAGGGGUCUCCGGGGGCUGGGGUUCAGCCCCUCUGAAGUGGCUGGUGGCUAAGGAUAAGCCCUUCCCAGCCCCGGUGGCCCCCAGCCCUGUCCCCACAGAGCCGUGGAGUCCGGUGCACUGUUUCCUCAAGGGUCGGGACUGCCCAUUUUAGCUUGAGGGAGGGGGCUCCAGUGUUUGGAAGUCCAACUGGGACUGGAGGGGCCAGGCCUCACCCCUCACCCUGCACUGUUCUGUCUGUCCCCCAGGGGUGGGGGGCCUGGGGACCAUUUCCUGGCAUUAAUCCCUCAGAGGGAACA